AUGACGGGAUUGAGGGUUCAGGACUGCCUGCAAGGUGGGACUGCCAUUGCAGACAUCGUCCCCAUACUUGGCUGCUUUGGGGUCCGGGGUAGAUGGGUGUACGACGCGGACGUGUAUGGUGGACUUGAGGGAAGAGUCUAUAGCUCAGCGCCGCAUACCAAAGCGUACUCAACCCUCCAACACCCCAUCGCUGCGGUGGUCGUGCGGCGAGUGCGCGGAGGAGUGCGCCACGUGCGGGAAGCGCGGCGGCGAGGGGGGCGGGGGCUGGGAGGCGCGCUGCGUGGCGCUGUGCGACCGGUACGUGCAUGCGCGCUGCAGGGCCCUGCCCUGGCGGUGCAGCGUGUGUCCGUCGAAAAGGUAACCGAACUGUACACUGUACUCGUGCGGGCGACGAUGGGCGCAACACCGAAAGGGAGAAAGUCGCAGCAGGCGAAGCGGACCGACACCGACGACGAACCAUCCGACGGUAAUGAUCCGCCGCUCGCCCGCCCCCCGUCCGAACAGAGAAUGUCCAAAGAGAAACAGAAAUUUUUUAAAUUUUCCGCGUUCAAUCUGGUCGAGAGGCGACGUCGCGAUAGCAAAUCUUCCGGCGAGUGGGAGCGCUGGGAGGGCGAGUCCCGGUGGGGCGGCGUCCGCGUGACGCGCGUCCAGCGGCUCGAGCUGCGGCUCGAGCGUCGCCCGCCCGAGCCCGAACCCGAGUCCUCCUCCUCCUCGGAGGAGGAAUCCUCUCCGUCGCCGCCGGCGCCGGCCCCGACCCCGGACCGCUUCUGUACCGUGUUCGAACGGCUCGCCGCCGACAUGAGCCCCGGCGCCGCGUGGGGAUUCGCCGCCGAAGCGCAGAAGCAGCGUCGCGAACGAACCCCUCCCGCGCCCGUCGAAAACGCUCGGCAUCGACGCCGCAGUCGGGGCGGCGAACGUUCGUUGACCACUCUCUUCGACGGCCUCUCGGAAUUUUACUCGGUCCGGUCGGCGUCGAGAUCGCAAUCGCGAGCCCGGGCCGUGCGCGAGCGUGACCCGGAGGAGCGGCAGGUGUUGAAAGAGACUCGGAGCACGUUUCGUCGGUAUCAGGCGUCGUUGGGCGGGGCGCGCGCCCGCCCGCGGGCCGAGGACGAGGCGCGCGCGCGGGGCCCGCCGCGGCCGCGCUCCCGGUCGCCGUCCCGGCCGCGGUCGCCGUCCCGGCCGCGGUCGCCGUCCCGGCCCCGGGCCCGGCCGCGCUCUCGGUCGCGAGCACGGUCCCCGUCUCGGUUUCGAGCGCCGUCUCAGUGCCGGGCCCGGGCCCGGUCUCGGUCGCGGUCCCGGGCGCGCAGUAGGGAACGUAGCGUAUAUCGGGAACUGACCGCGUCGCAGCUAGUUAGGAACUUGGCGGUGGGCAAGCGCGGCGCGUCGGAGGACGCCGACAAACUGUACCGCGGCUUAGCGUUGGCGACGCGUCCGGGUGGCGGCGGGAGGCCGGCCAACAAUCAGACGGAGAAAAAGCGAUUACCGGCGGGUGUGACAGAGACGGAUUCGGACUUAUUCAACCAAGCGAGGGCGGCGGCGGCGGCGGCCACGACACAAGACGAGGACGCCCCCGCCUCCCCGGCCCCCGCCGCCGCGCCCGCGCCUCCUCCCUCGUUAGAUCCCGACCUCGGUCCCGUUCCCGCGCCGUCUAGCUCGCCCGCCUUAAACGUGCCCACGAGGUGUCCCUCUGCUAUUGAGUUUGGCCAAUGGGAGAUAGAAACAUGGUACUCGAGCCCUUUCCCACAGGAGUAUGCCAGAUUACCUAAAUUGUUCCUUUGCGAAUUCUGUCUUAAAUACGCCAAAAGUCGGGCGGUGUUGAUGCGCCAUCUCGACAAAUGCCUGUGGCGCCAUCCGCCGGCCACAGAGAUAUAUCGCUGCGGCGACAUCUCCGUGUUCGAAGUAGACGGGAAUGCCAACAAAAUGUACUGCCAGAAUUUGUGUCUCCUCGCGAAGCUGUUCCUCGACCACAAAACACUCUACUAUGACGUUGAACCGUUCCUCUUCUACGUUCUCACUAAAAAUGAUAGCAAAGGUUGCCAUCUCGUCGGAUACUUCUCCAAAGAGAAACAUUGUCAACAGAAGUACAAUGUCUCCUGUAUAAUGACAAUGCCGCAGUACCAGCGUCAGGGCUACGGGAGAUUUCUCAUCCAUUUUAGUUAUCUGUUGUCGAAAGAAGAGGGACAACCUGGCACCCCAGAAAAACCUCUGUCAGAUCUUGGAAGAGUGUCAUAUCAUGCCUAUUGGAGAUCUGUUAUUCUCGAAUAUCUCUAUGAUCAUAAAAAUGAACCGUUCACCUUUGAAGAUAUCGCUCACACGACAGGAAUGCACAUGAGUGACAUCGCUGUUACAUUUCAGUUAUUAGGUUUUGUAAGGUAUAUCCCAAACGAUGAUUCUACGAAGCUAGGUUUGUGUAUAGAUUGGAAUAAAGUAGAAAAUCACAUGAAAAAGUUGAGAAGUAGACCACGGCUGGAAAUCGAUCCCGAGUGUUUAAGGUGGACGCCGCUUUUAGCGCCCACCGUCAAUCCUUUCAGAUCGCCAGAAGAAGGGUCUGGCGAUCAGGAGACUGAGACAGAGGAAGCUGAACCGAAAACGGAAGAAAAAGACGUUAACGAAUCAGAGUGCAAAGAGAUGAUACAGAAAAAACCAGUGGAGGUGACAUCAUCCGGUAGGAAACGGACGCGUCCACUGAAAUAUAGUCAAACCACAUAUCAAACACAGGUGGUUGGUGAAAGUGGUCGAAAGCGGAAACAAGAUUACAAUAGAUUAUUGCCAGAAUCAAAUGUUGAAGAUUACAAUAUAUUUUAUAUGUAUGAUGGAACAAGAAGACCAAGAAGUACUAGUGUUUCCAGAAAAUCUAAGGCUUUACAAAAUGAAACAAAUGAAGAAGAUAGUUCUGCAAGAAACAGAACUGAAAACGUUAAAAAGCCUGCUUAUGUUUCUGAUAGCCAAGAGAGUCAAGAAGAGUGUGCUAAUGUAAUCACUCCUGUUGCUAAUCUCGAUAAAGCGCGGAAAAAGAGAAAAAUGGCGUGGAAAGGGCGCCCGAGGAAACGACUAAAGGUCAACAGGACACCUAAAAAACGGUCUGGUUCACCAGUGGCUAAGUUGGCUAAGGUGUCCGACGAUAACCAGGAAAUCAUUAAUUAUAAAACAGAUGACUCUGUAGAAGAAGAUAAUAAAUCAAUUUCUACAGUGAAUGAGACUCGAACUUCACCAAGUCUUUUAAUCAAUGACAAAGAUAAAGCAGUUGAAAAAGACAAGAACUCUGAAGCUAGCUCAGAGGAUUCAUCUGGUGAAGCGGACGAUGAAAUGGAUGUGGAGGAAGGCGAAGAUAGGCGGAGCAUAUCAAGCAAACCUGCGACGCCAAGAAAUUUGGAAGAAAACAGUACAGAUCAUCAUACCAGUGACAUGGAAUUAGAUAGCAUUCAUAUGGACUCUCCGAAAUCCAUAGCAGAAAAGGACCAAAUAAUACAUGAAACAUCUGCUAAUGAAAAUUUGGAAAAAGAAGUUAUCGAAAAUGAUAUUAGAAUAGAAGUUUCAAAUUCAGUAAAUGAUGACAUUGCAGAAGUACAGUCUGUAGCAAAAGAUUCUAAUGAAAAGCAAGUGCCUGAACCUAGAAAUGGUGAAAUGAAAUCACCUGCUAAGCCAGUAAUCGACGACAAAGAUACUAUAGUUAUAUCGGAAUCCGACGAUAAUAAUAGUCAAAGUGGUCCAUUGCCAUCCCCCAAACCUAAUAUAAUUGCACCCGUACCUCAGAAUAAUGAAAAUAAGCCCAAAGAAAUCGAAGAAAGCGAAAGUCCAUCUAAAGUAAUACCAGUAGUGUCAACAGAAAACGCUCAUAUUGUACUAGACCCUAAAGUUCAAGAAGAGGUUAAUGCUAUUAGAUCUCCAGUAGAUAUGAUCCCCAAACAACCACACCAAAUAGAAACUAUAGUUGUGGAAGGGGAGUCAGAUACAGCAAAUUCUCCACUAUGUAUAUCACCUAAGAAGAGUGAUAAAAUAGUCACUACUGAAUCACCAAAGCAAAAGAGGUCACCAGAAAAAAAUUACAUAGAUGCUAAUGAACAAAAGAAGUGUGAAAUGAGAAAAGAAACCGUAAUUCAACAUCAAACUACUGAUGAAGCGAAAACACCAGAUAAAAAAUCGCCUACCAAAAUUGAGACCAUCAUUCAAAAUUUAGAUCCUCAAAAAGAUGUUUCGUCUAAUAUCAAGAAUUUGGAAACGUCUAAAAUUGACGCAUUUGUAGAGAACGAUUCUAGAAAUAAAUUACUGAAUCAAAACCCUAUAGUGUCUAAGGAAAAUGAAAUCUCGUUUCGUAAUGAUCUGCUAAAUAACAGAAAAGAUGAAAUAAUUAUAACUAGAAAUAUUGUGGAGACCAGUAUGCCGAGUUUUCCUCCAGUCAGUAAUUCAAUGACAAUACAACAAAUCAACACAGCACAACAUUCAUUUCUCAGUCAUAGAAUAAACGUUAGUAAAGAGUCGCAAGGUGUUCAAACUGACAAAGUACAUUUAAAAACUAGUGAGGUAAACCGGGUUAUCGACUCAGCUCCAGUAAUAAGCAAAACCGCUACGAAGUUAGAAGUACCGCAUCCUAUAACAUCGCCAAUUAUAAAUCCUGUGAUACCAAAGGUCCCAAACGUUACGGACAUUAAUUUUUUACCGCGCUGUCAAAGUGCUAACGCUGUUGUAAAUUUAGGCAUCGAAAGAACUGAUAUGGAUCCAAAUUUCGGGAACGGGGGUGCAAUGCAAAACGUGUUGACCGGUUCUAUGAAUUACGUUCAGUCCAGUUCACAGGAGUCUAAAAAUGACCCUAACCUGAAACCGAGAGAAAAAAGCAAACUACGGGACGUGCGAGUGAAUUCGGCGCACAGCAAACUCGAGAAAACCGAAAAGAAGGCCACAAAAACUGAUACGCCGAGAAGCACGCCGGAGCCGAAAAUGUUUUUUCCGGAACAGAACGCGAACACUAGAAAACCGGAGACGUCGGUCCCUAUAAACGUUAUAAAUUCCGCGGCGGUGACGAGCAAAUCCGAAACCAAAACACAAGAAGCUCCAAAGAAGCAGGAUUUUUUAAAAAAGGAGAAGUCUAGUGCCUCCAAAUGCGACUCCAAAACCUCGUCGGUGAAACACGACAAGAGUUGCACCGCCUUGCUCAAUCCGAAGCUCGAUCAGGGCGACUCGAACAAGGUCCCGCCGAAGUUCAAGUACGACAACGAGCCCGUUCCGAAAGCGGACUACGCAAUGAACCAGAUUCCGAACUACCACACGACCCACGCGCAAUACCAGUGGGCGCCAUGGGACCCGGCCCGCCUCCAGGGGACGUGGGACCCGAACAGAUUUCUCGAGAUGAAGAACAGCGACAAGACGUACCUGGAAAAAUUUCAGGGCUUCAACCUCCCGCCGCUCGACCAGAUGCAGAAGUCCCCGCAGAAGCUGCACCCGAAAUACGACCAGAAGGACUUUCACAACAUAGCGUACGGGGCGCUCUCGGGCGGAAUCUACGCGACGGCCGGGCUACCGCACUUCAAGGAGACCAAAACGCCGACCACGAAGGCGGAGUGCUCGCAGAAGAGCGAGGGCAAGCCCUCGAAGCAGGCAAAGGCGACCGCGUGCCAGACGCAGAGCGAGACCAAGAAGGCCGCCGCCGAGGCGCAGAUGAAGCAGCUGCUGCAGCGGCAGGCCGCCAAGGAGGGCUGCGAGUACCGGCAGCAGAGCCCGCACCUCGCCUCGCCGCCCUGCAAGCCCUACGGCAACGGGCCCUGCGCGCAGGACAAGCAGGACGCGGACAAGAAGGGCCGCGCGCACAAGAAGGAGGACUCGCCCAAGGACGGCGGCAAGGAGGAGGCGUGCUCGGCGGUGAGCCCGGCGCUGCAGUCGAUGGGCGUGUACACGCCGGACUCGACGAGCAACUCGGUGCACUCGGUGCAGUACGGCGCCUGCGAGCUGGACGUGAGCCAGCUGGGCCUGGAGUCGCCCUCCAGCAUCGGCUCCGACCUGGCCUCGCCCUGCUCCAUGAUGCACAUGCACCCCGCGCCCAGCCCGCAGUACCCGCACUCCUCCAUACACAUCCCCGCCAUCAUGACGCAGCCCAAGCAGCAGAAGAUCAACAACAGGAAUAGGAACAGCGCGACGAGCAAUAACACGAGCGGGGGCGGGGGCGGGGGCGCGGGCGGUGCCGGGGCCGGGGGCGGGGGCGCGGACAAGUUGCGCGCGGCCGCCACGCCGCCCGCGCGCCACCGCGCCACGCCGCCCGCGCAUCAGCCGCACGGCGGCGUGACGAUGGGCGGCGGCGGGUCGGGCUACCAGGGCGGCUACCUGUCGUUCCAGCAGCAGCAGCAGUACGGCGGCGGCGGGUGGGCGCCCCCCUCGUGCAGCCUCGCCAAGCUGCAGCAGAUGACGGACGCGCCGCAGCACCACCCGCCGCCGCACACGCCGCCCGCGCACCAGUACGGUCAGCAGGCGGGCACCCCGCCGGGCGGCGCGGGCGCGGGCUACCACGCCGCCAAGUACUACGCGCCCCCGCACAACCAGCUCGACUCGCCGCGCAACAGGAACACCUCCAGUCAGCAACUUGAGUCCGAUGCAACAUAUGCAAAUGGCGCCCGGCUCCCGUAUGUCGCCGAAUCUCAACACACACAUCAUAAGCCAGUACAGCCUGAACGGGUACCGCGUGCCGCCGCAGCAGCAGUUCAACAACCUGCCCGUGCAGAUGAUGAACGUGCAGCAGUACCCGGCGGCGGACCCGCGCGCGCAGCAGCCCAACGUGUACGCGUACGGGUACAUCAACCCGCCGCCGCCCCUCGCGAUGCAGACUCUCAACACCUCCAUGCGUCGGUAGCCCCGACCCAAAACUCAGUGACACUGUCAAAAAGUGUGAUAUCUAUGAAUAAGUGAACGGUGAACGUGCGUGACCACAAUACUCAAUCCCCUGGCGGGAUGUCGUCCGGUCGUGAUCAAAAGUGCAGUGUGAAUUAAGUAAUUAAGGUAUAGUACAAAUAAACGCUUCGGAUAAGUGUAGUCUGUAUAUAAUGUUACUGGUUAAUAUUUAACACCACUUUGGUUGCCUUAAGCCUCCGCCCCGGUGAGAAGACCUCUUUCCGUUGUGACAGUGAAGGAUGGCAGCUCUGUUAUCGUUUUUGUAUCAUAUGUAUGUAAUAUUUUUUUCUCUUUGAGAAAACAUUGUACACUAUAUGGAAGCUGAGUAAAGUACAAAAUUUGCAGAUAAAGAUGUAUAAACCUUUACAAUAAUUAUGACUUUGUCAGUGAAACGUAGCAUAAAUCUAUAGUGCAAUAAUUGUAUGUAUUCUGCUAGGAAGGCAUGUUUUAUAUUGGCGUACUUGAUAAUUCAGCUGGCUCUAUGCGAGUACUGUGAUAAUCUAAGGGUUAGACAGUGGUCUAGGGCGAGUGCUUAAAUCGUAAUAAAUUAAUAUAUACUUGAUUUCCAAAGAAUUAAUAUUAAGUCUUUGGUUAUAUUGAAAAUAAGUGCAAUGUUUUUUCGAAUCACAAAUUUUACUCCUGAUAAUGUAAGAAUUCUUUUGAAACUCACUAUUUUAUAACUUGUUUACAAUCUCUGUUGCACACAUAGCUAUUGUUACAAGCUUGUACAGUCCAUUUGUUUGCAUAUGUUUGAUUUACAGUAAGAUCCAGUUUCUCUUCGAAGUGCCUCUUUCUCAUCCUGUCUGCUUGUGUUCCAGUGUAAGAUAUUGUAAAUGUAAAGUUUCUAUUAAAACAAGGUUUAUAAAUAUAGAGAUAGAAGUAGUAUAUUUGUAUGUUAACAUUUAUGUUUUCAUGAAUGUGGAUAUGUUAAUGGUGUAGAUAUCAGAGUGCGGCCCGUGGCCAUUAGUUACGUUUAGUGACAGCCAGGCCUAAACGAUGCUUAUUUUUAUAUUCUUUUUAUGCUUAUAAGUUUUGAAUUUUUUAUUACGUAAUUUUCUUUUCACGUAACGCUUAAGCAUUAUUUCGUGUUAUCCCAGUAAUUUAUUACCAAAUGUAAUUAACAUUGAUUUUGCAAUUGAUUUUUAAGUAUUUUGGUUUAUUAUGUUUAGUUGGAGCCUUUCGCACGUAUUUUUAUUAAUAAAUUAGCAAUAGCGGUGCGGCUGCCCGAGGGCUACAUGGCACUGUGAGUUAAUAAAUUAUUCUCUAAUUAUAAACUAAGGUUAUCAAUGUUAUUUGUUACUAAUGUGUAGUAUAUUAAAUAUUGUAAAUACAAUGACAGUAAGAAACAUUGUAGCAGGUGUUAUGACACAAAAUAUAAUUUUGUGAAAAAACAAAAUAGUUUUAUUUUACACCACCCUUACGAUGUAAUUACAGACUAAUGAACAGUGUUGCCAGAUGCC